CUCGCGUACAAUUCUUAUUGUGUUUGGAAAGGCGAAAGUGUGGAGCGUAAAAUGGUGAAUCCGUCAAUAUUUACGUGAACUGAUUAGUGAGGGAGGAUUCCGCUGGUAAACACCGUUGAAGACGAGACGUCUGUCGCAACGGUACUACAGAGAAGGCCAGAAUUGACCUGUUCACCACGGAGAGCUCAGCAAGCGUGGCAUCCGGCUCGGACUCCCCUCGAGACCGGGUUAUACAAGAAAGCCCCGGGAUGAGGUGACUUUUCGAAACGAGCCUUUUGUUCGACGAAGGCACAUCCAAGACGCGGGGUCAAAAUGAGACACGAAAGGGCAAGGGCGCUGGAGGACGGCGGAGAAAGAAGGGCGGACGGGACAAUGGGCUAACACAGCAAGGUGCAGACCAGACAAGCAUGAAGGAGAUGGUAGGGGGGUGCUGUGUUUGUUCAGAUGAGAGAGGGUGGGCUGAAAACCCACUCGUCUACUGUGAUGGUCAAGGAUGCACUGUGGCGGUACAUCAGGCUUGUUACGGGAUAGUGACUGUACCGACUGGACCGUGGUUUUGCCGGAAGUGUGAGAGUCAGGAGAGGUCGGCAAGAGUGAGGUGUGAGCUGUGCCCGAGCCGGGACGGUGCGCUGAAGCGGACGGACAACAAUGGUUGGGCGCACGUGGUGUGUGCACUGUACAUCCCCGAAGUGCGCUUCGGGAACGUGACGACGAUGGAGCCCAUCAUCUUGCAGCUCGUGCCCCCAGAGAGAUUCAACAAGGUGUGCUACAUCUGCGAGGAGCAGGGCAAGGCGGGGCCCGGCGGCAACGGCGGGCGGGCGACCGUGGGCGCGUGCAUGCAGUGCAACCGGUCGGGUUGCAAGCAGCAGUUCCACGUGACGUGCGCGCAGGCGCUGGGGCUUCUCUGCGAGGAGGCGGGCAACUACCUGGACAACGUCAAGUACUGCGGCUACUGCCAGCACCACUACUCUAAGCUGAAGAAAGGUGGCAACGUGAAGACCAUUCCCCCCUACAAGCCGAUCCCGGCUGCCGGAGUGUCUCCCAGCUCGUCGCCGGAGAAGGAGCUCGUCAUCGACACCUCGGCCAAAGCGACCGGGACGAAGCGGAAGACGGCAUCUGGCAUCACUUCCGGCGGCCCGUCCUCGGGAGCAGCGGUCGGCGCGGCGGCGGCAGGCGGAGUGAAACCUGCGGCGCCCCCUGCCGUGCCGGGCAGCGUGUCCAAGGCCGGCAGCGGGCGUGCUGCCGACGGCUCGAGCCCCCUGUCAGUGGCGGGGCCCGCGGCGGAGCUGCUCGUUGUGGGAGGGGACUCGAAGGACGGGCUCAAGUACGCGCCGGGGCUCGUCGCCAGCGGGUACGAGACGGACGGCCCCACGGGGAAGAAGAGGAAGACGGGCGGUCGGCGGACGCCGACCGCCGCCUCGGAGAGCCCCGCCGCGUCGACGCCGACUCCGCCCCCGGACGUAGGGGUGGGGCCGGUACUACCCGGGGAGGCGAUUCCGGAGGUGGUCGGCGGCCGGAAGGUGAAGCUGGAGGUGGGUGCCAAUGUGACGGUGGGCGGCGGGGGCGGGGGCGCGGUCCCGCCGGGGGCGCAGCCUCCGUCCGUCGUGGUGCGGUCGCCCAACGUCAUCGCCACGGCAGGGGGCCCCGUUCCAGGUGGCGUGUCGAGCCCCCACCAGGGCAUCGUUGUGUCGGUGCCGCUGUCGGCCGCUAGUGCGGCGGUGCCCACUGCUGCCCCCGUCUCCGUGGCCUCCGGCACACCCGCACCUCCGCCCGCGACAGACGCUGCGGCGACGUCGUCGGACCUGACGCCUCCGCCGCAGGGUCCGCCCGCGGCGCAGCCGACGCUGUUCCAGCAGCUGCAGCAGUCGAUGGCGCACUCGGCGCACCACAUCCAACCGCCACAGCCGUCGCCCCCGCCUCCGCGCCACACGCCGUCGCCGCAGCAGACGUCGACGCUUGUCAUGGUGGAAGAGCCGCAGCCGGCCCACCACCACCCGGCCAAGAGGCAGAGGUCGCAGUCGACGGAGAAGCCGGGGACGUCUGCCUCGACCCCACCGGUGGACACGAAGUCGGUGGCACCGGUCGCCGUAAACCGCAGCGGGAAACCGCGUCGCGGGGCGGGUGGGAGCAGCAGUCUCCCGUCCGCCCCCACGGUGGCCCCCGUCACCAAGAGCCGGCGAGGGGGCGGCGAUCCCACCCCUCCCCCUCUGCCCGUCAAGGAGUCCCCGCCGAGCAGCCCCGGCUCGGAAAGCGCGCAGUCAGCGCCCGCCGCCUCGUCGUCGUCGCGCAGGUCCUGCACCGUCGGCAGUGCCGCCGCCUCCGCCUGCGCCAAGGCAGCCCUUCCCGUCACCGGCGUUGGUCGUGCCCGCCGGGAGAAGGACGAGCGGGACGUCAAGCCUUUCCAGAACGGCGUGUCGGCGCCACACAUGCUGGGCAACCAGCUGAACCCCGCUUCGACGAUGGCGCAGAAGAUGUCGGACACGCUGUCGGCGGAGCUGGAGGCGCACGGCAACGCGUACGCACCGGCCGACUCGAGCAACUCGUCGCUGGUGGGGCCGCCGCUGCACUCGAGGGUCAUCGCUUCGGCGCGGUCGGCGGCGGCGGCAGCAAACGGGCAGCCGGGAGGCGGCGCCGGGGCGUCGUCAUCGGCAGCUCCGGGCACGGUGCCGCAGAGCCUGGACCAGCUGCUGGAGCGGCAGUGGGAGCAGGGCAGCCAGUUCCUCAUGGAGCAGGCCCAGCACUUCGACAUCGCCAGCCUGCUGUCGUGCCUGCACCAGCUGCGUGCCGAGAACCUGCGCCUGGAGGAGCACGUGAGCUCGCUGCUGCAGCGUCGCGACCACCUGCUGGCCGUCAACGCCCGCCUCGCCAUCCCACUCGCUUCGCAGCCGCCGGCACAGGUGAACAACGUGCACCCCCAGCACGGCGGGGCGGCGGGGGCAACGCCGGCGGUGGCACCCCGCCACAACAACAGCUACCUGGCGCCGCAGCACUCGCACCACCACCAGCACGCGCACGCCGGGCCACCGCCCGCCCCCGGACCUUCGCCGGGGCCGCCGCCGGCACACCCGGGCAUCGUGGAGAACGGUCUGCCGCCGGAGCCGUACCCGCAGCCGCAGGCGCAGCCGCACAGGAACCCCUCGCCCAGCGUCAGGGCGAGUGUCCACCAGGCGGCGCCCCCGCAGUACGCGGCCUACCAGCCGGCACCGCCCCCGCCGCCCACCUCCAGCCCCGCCUCUGCCGCCUCCCAGAUGAUGCGGCGCGACAGCGGGGGUAGCCUCCCCGACCUCCACCACCCGCUGCCCCCAUAGUCCGAGCGGUGGGCGGCGCAGCCGGGGGCGGAGAAGCGCGUGUGGGGCGCACUGCUGCUGCCGUCGCCGCCACCGCCGGGGCCGCGGUCCCCGCCCCCGGGGCACUGGUGACCGGGGACGGCGCGCACUCGCCGCCGUCGUCCGCACUGGCGCCGCCGCUGCCGACUCACUUCGGCAACUGUCACUAAAUAUUCAGUACAAUGUUUUGCUCUGGUAGCGAACUAGUGAAGAUGACGUGCAAACAUUUCUUAUCGUUAGUGCCAUAGUAUAGUUCUGCUAGCCCGUUUUUGUAGACGGCAUUCUUUUGUAAUGUGUAAAGAGGAAUGCUUAAACAUGGAUGGUGUCAGAAAUUUCCUCGUCACGUCCGGAUACGUUAUUCUCACUGUAAUUUUUUUCACUACGAUAUGUAUUCUUUCUGUUUCUGUUCCUCGUACUUUUUCUAAUGACUGAGGUCUGCUUUCUCCUUUUCCUGGGCCCAACUUUUGCAUUUGUGUAGUUUUUUAUUCUGCGGGGAUUCGAGAAAAGUAGACGAGUGUCACGGACGUAAGUGGAAUUCUCACUCUGCCCAUUCACUCCUAAUUCUGACAUCCCAUUUGGCGUGGCUCGUAAUUUGGAAGCCGAUUUGUCAGGCACGCAUUUCUGAAGUAAGUGAAAUGUUUAUCGGAUGUGCCGGGUCUCGUGAAAUAGACUCGUUACUGUACAGUGUUUUAUCUGUACUAAAGCACAGACACUUCGUAUGUGCCUAUCACGAAGAGUUAAGUGUUGUUUUCAUUAUGGCUGCUAAAGAUAUGAAGUCUUUUCUUUUAUUGUAAAAUAUAAGCUAGUUUCCUUUUAUUAUAUAAAAUUGAAAGAUUCAAAGAUAAAAAUGUAAAAGUUCAUUUUAAACACAUUAUUUUUUAGAAAGAACCUAUGCAUUUUCCAUCAUCUAGCAGUGUUCAGCUGCACGUAUCACAUUUAUUGCGCAAUGAUGUUGCUUAAAUCUGGAAUGUUGUAGCUACUAAUGUUUUUCCAGUCUGCUAAAUAGUCGUGUGUUGGUUCUAAAAAAAAAAAAAUUUCUAGACAUUCUUUCUGUUUAUCGUUAUUAUUUGUGCACUGGUUGGAUAUUUUGCAGAGUUACCACAUUGCGCACUUUCACCUUAGCUCGGGUCCUCAUUUGCCCUUUUCUUCUUCUCUUUCUUGUUGUGACCCCUGUCAGCAAUAUUUGAGAGCAUGCGUAAAUUUUUCUGGGGCUGCCACUUUUGAGAGGGCUGCUGCUUACAAGUGUCUUCAGUCGCUUCUGAUGGAUUGAAGUUUUGUUAAGUAUUGAGCUUCUCUACAGAAAUGUAAGUUCCACUGUCUGGACUGUACUAUAGUCCUUCGCUCUUGUUAUCCAAAUUUCCCUACUGCAGAAAAAUAUCCAACUAAAAGGAAAAAAGGUAAUUUGUGUGUCUUUUGUAUAGAGUUCCUCGUAGCUUUUGCACUUACCUGGCAAACUAGCUUCACUAUUCCUUCUUUUAAUGUAGGAUGACACAUUUCUUCUUCGUAUAUGGAAAAUUCUGUGCAAAGAAGUAAAUAAAUAAAAUAGUGAAGGCCCGAUGUAUUGUUUUUAGGGAAACGUCGAGUAAGGGAUGCACACAGAUUAGUGUUUCCUGUACAAUAGUCACAUCCUACCGUCGUUAGUUUGUUCUGAGGUGAAAACGGAACUUCCACAUCACUUCACACCUGGGUGAUACUUGUCACUGUAUCACACACAGUUGCCAACUGUUCGAGAUUUCCUCGUUAAUCCACCACUCGGGAACGUUAACGGUGGGUUGCCGUGCGUCAGAAAAUGGAUUUGAUAAAAUGGAAUGCCAGAGGUGACUGCGCAUUGGGCACAGCCGAGGUAUCAGAGUAAAAAAAGUGGUACUGUAGUAAAGGGUGCGAAGGAAACAGUGCGCUACACUAGACGAAAGAAAGGACUCGAACUCGGUAUUGCGACAGAGCACUCGAUUCGGUAGUUAGUGCCGAGGGAGCAUUACGAGUUGUCAGUUGCAGAGCACACGAGAAAUAGAUUGCAGGUACCGAACACCACAGUUCCCCGUCCGAUCUUACCUUCGCAUCUCUUACCGAGCCACGUCACUCUGAGCGACUUCGGAAAAUAUUUAUGAACUCGCAGAAAAUAUGGUGUAGCCAAAUCUCAAAACGUCGCAAAAGGAAAGAUCGGCACGGGAACGAGCAAUUACUUGUAGUAGGUUACCAUGUUAGGUCAGUACGAGUGUAUACGAUUGAAAGCGAGAAAUUUAACUGUGUGUUCGACUGAGAAGCUCUGGCACAGUGCAGUGACCCGAGGGUAGAAAUCCCACCCAAUCCUAUCCUCCUGUUCCCCAGGUCCUCUCCUCACCACAGAAUGGCAGAGUGAGGCACUGCGUGCCGUGUAUUCCUCGUACCGAAUGUGAGUCUCGCCUCUUCCACUCGACACUCUCCCUGCUGCGGACUGUCUGUUAUUUGGUAAUUCACUCAGAAGUAUUUUUUUUUCUCUAAUUGAUUCUUUACUGGGCCCAGGAAAAGGCCAUUAGUACAUUAAUCUAAUGUAACUCUUUUGUGCCCUCAUGGUACUGUUAUGAGAGCCUAUGUGCGUUUAAAUGAGAGAUUGCCGUGUUUGUAUAUUUCCAUUAUUUGCUGUACUGUGUAAUCGGACGUACUGUUAAGGUGAGUCUCUUCAAGGAGGAGGAGAGAGGAGGAUAAACGAUUUAAACCUCAGGGAUAAAUGACGUACUUGUAUCGCGCCGCGUGCGUCACUCUACGCGGAAGUAUUAGGUGUACGAAUCCGUGUCCGCUAUCUCGGUCUCCCGAAUAGUAGUGUUAAGUAAUGACGAGUAGAACGGUCCGACUUCACGGAUCUUGCCGACAGUCGGGUGUGUUUGUUGGCAGAAAACUUCAGGGAUUAUUUUUAAAAAAUGUAAAAGUGAUGAUUACUUAGCUGUCGUCCAUUUUAGGGAAUGCCUGUAGAGCCUCAACUUCAGAACGGGGGGUAGAACGGUCCGAAAUGUGGACCUCUCGGAAGUGGCCGAGGCACGUCGUGUCGUCCGUGCGUAGAUCAGGUGUGGUAAACGGGCAGCGGUUGUUAUCUGGCAAUUUGCGCGAUAGUUCGCUGCCGGUACCUUCUGGUUAGAGGUGACAUUGUGCGAAGUGUAUUUCUCAAAUUACAGUAUAGGAGUAGUUCGUCCUGCCUCCGACUUUGAUCCAGUAUUACUUCUGUCAAGGGUGUAAACUCGAACAGAAAUCCUCACCGUAUUGAGAUUUUUCCGGUCGUAGAAACUGCAAUACCUCACUCUGCCAAAGCAGAGUUCGAGGUCGCACGCGCCAGGAGGGACGAGAAUCGGGAAGUCGGCACGAGUGCUAUUUUACAGUGACCAAAAUGGGCACGAAAGGCUUUGCUCUAAAUUUCUGAGUCAUUAAAAAUACUAAAUACAUUACUCAGAGGAAAAGAAGGCAUGACGGUACAUUACAUUCGUUCGCAGUCAUUUUAAUCGGGGCGAGUAGGUGACCGAGUUACGGACGUCCGAGUGUUCGCCGGCGUGCCAAAACUGCGAGCUGAGCUCGACUGUGGAAUAAAAUGCGUACACUUCACAGGUAGUGAAGUCGGCGAGGGAGCACGGGUCGAAAAUAAAACGUGCCGUGCCUUUCCGUUCCCAAACUCCCCACAAAAAUGGUGGCUCGGUGACUCUUCGAAAAGUCGGCCUCGAGUGAGCUGGAGUGACUGGCCAGACAGGUAGUUAGCUAGCCGGCUGGAGCUCUACUUUGACUGCCAUUUGCAGCCGCUGCCGGUUCCUGUGGUGGUAUCUGCAUUUACCUUACAGAAAAGGAUUUGCGAGUCGGUUCCAUCCUUUGCGGCCCGGAGCUACCGGUCGCAGACUCUCGACAGGUUAACCAAGGUACGGGUUUACUUUUCUCUAUUAAAAGUGCACAACUUAUUGUUUACUCUUUGACAGAUUUCGUUCCGCUUUCUGCCUGAAAAUUACGUCUCCACAAAUGGUAAUUUUUUUUUCAGUUUGGCCUCGGUAUAUGUCUACGUAUUUUUACCAUACACUCGCAUUUAAUCGUGGUGGGCGGAAGCAUUUUUGUCGACAGUCGUCCAUCUCUCUCGUAAUGCGGAAAUGUCGGAUUUUUGCUCGCCCUCCACUUUCUUAUUUCGGGACUACACGCGAUAGGAUAGUACGCUGUACCUCGCAGAAGUAACUCUCAGUUGAAUGGCGCACCGUGUCGCCAUACGCGUUCCGUAAUGUCAUUUCUCGGUCUAAUUGUAAUUGUACUGUCGUGUGAAUGUGUGAAGUAGGGGGGCAGUGUAGUGUCAAGAUCUCGACUCCGCCCGUCGACACGUUCCGGUGUAACGUGUAAUAUCGCGGCCCAACGUAGGAUUCCUCUCGGUCACAAUUCCAGUGCCGCUUUUCUUCUGCCGUGUGAGAAGCCAAAAUCUGCUGCCCCUGUUCCCCUUUAUUCUCGUUUCCACCUGUCAUUCUCUUUACCUGGCAGAAGACUGCUUUAAAGAAGUGGAGGUUGUCCAGUAAAUAAGGGGCAGGUGUGUCGCUCCAGUUGUGGCGAGGGAGGUAUUUUGAGCAGAGCUGGGACCGCUCUGUACUGUUCAGAACAAAAAUGAAAUUGUGUGUGGAGCUCGUGGGCUUCACACACUGUUUGUUAGUAAUCCUAGCCUGUCACAGGAAACUGUCAUUGAAAAGAUUCAUUUUGGGUUUGCACACUGUAGCAUCUAGAACACAGUGUAAUUGAUUACGAAUUUCUAGAAAGCCUAUGAAAGACACACAAUAACGCAAUGUGCUCCGAAGACAUUCUCUGUGAAGCGUAUUCUAUUACUUCGAGGCAUGGGCUGUCGACGGGUGUCACUUUCGUUUCCAGAUCUGUUGUAUAAUUGUAUCCUCAGCUUUUACCCGCAAGCCCAAAUGUUCACCGUAUGACGGUUACUUUACUGACUUGAUAAUUGUUCACUGUUCUGUUCGUAAUACCUGUGCAGAUGCCGUACUGACGAUUUUGUACAAAAUGGGAGGCAUAUUUGAUUGAAUAUAACUAAAUAUGUAACCAUUAGUUUGUGCACAAAAGUCUGACAAUAUAUAAUAAAUGCUCAAUAAGAUAGAAAGAAACAGUAUAGAAGUGAGUGUUACAGCAGAAUGUUCUACAAAAUGGACGAGAGAGAGUGAGUACGGCUUCCGUAUAGGUGAGCAAGUAAGUGUGAUGCAGGUAAAGGAAGAGAAUAUUAGUAGAGAAAAGGGUGAACCAGUUGUUACAGUAAUCCGAAUUUCUCUCGUUUGAAAUCAGCUGUAUUACUGAUGCAGUCUUAGCAAAAUUUUAGUCGCCAGUCAAUCAGUUUUGAUGCACACUUAUUAAAUAAUGGAAGACAGUAUUUUAAAUGUUUGUGAUACUUGUCGAAUAAAUUUGUACACCACUGUUGUAAGACUGCAGAAUUUUUGGAAGUGAACUCCGCUGUGGUCUGCUCCUUGUACGGGAAUCAGUUUGGCUGAAGUGUUUUGUGUGGUAUUAGACACUCAAUUUCAUGUAAACAGAGAUUGAAAUUUUAAUAGCCUGUCGCAUUAAAAUUAGGUGAAACUAAACCUUUGCGGACAGAGAUAGUAUAGGUGUGAGCAGAAAUUGCGAUCUCAAAAUUGACGCGACAACCGCUCCUGUAAUACUGGAUGACCUCUGUACCGUGCAGUUCUACUGGGAGUUUUAGGAACUUUCGGAUAGCCUCAAUUUUUCUUAUGUGACAGCAAAUGUUUACAAAUCUUUAAACAAUGUAAUAAAUUAUUUUUAAAGCCAGUACAGCUAUUUUUUACAGUUACAGUAACUGCAUAGCAUUGUACAAUUGAAGUAUGUUUGUGUGUGGCCUCCUCAUACGAGACGUGUAUAUACGUACGUAUGUCCCCCACUAUCUCUCUCUGUGCCCUUCACGUGUGUCGAGUCUGAAUUUCUCCGUGCUCACUGUGUCGACGAUGGAGUGUACACUAUUACCGUCGAGUGGUAGCUAGUGACCUUUUUUUAUCUCUCGAUCUUAUGCCUAAUGUGUGUUUGAUGGUCUGUUUUAGAAAAGUUAGGUAAAUGUAAUUGUGAUGAACAUGUGUUCUUUGAACUUUCUUCUAGGUUUUAAAAUGUUUCAUUUUUUGUCAUUUUUGUGUCCUUUGGUACUAGGUGUAAAUAUUCAUUGAACAGUGUUCUGAUAUGAGAUGUGAAAUAAUCUUUUUUUAAGUUGUACAUAUGGACAGCAAAUUUGUCCUUUAGUGAGAAUAUUCUAUUACAAAUUACUUCCAUUUUAUAAACAAAUGUAAUAAAAAUUGUGCCACAAAGUA